GUCCGUAACUGAGUUCAAUGUUUACAAUCGUCAAACAUGGCGUCUCCACCUCGAACAGAUGAUCAAAUUAUUAACGGCGAAGUUUCAGGACACAGCAGACCGCGAGAAUGGAUAAGAUUAAACGUUGGAGGAACACACUUCCUCACUACAAGAACUACUCUGUGCAGGGAUCCAAGUUCCUUUCUGUGUCGCCUGGUCCAGGAAGACCCUGAACUACACACCGAUAAGGAUGAAACUGGUGCCUACUUAAUUGACAGAGAUCCGACGUACUUCGGUCCUGUAUUGAAUUAUUUAAGACACGGGAAAUUAGUAAUGAACAAGGACUUAGCAGAAGAAGGUAUUUUAGAAGAAGCAGAAUUCUACAACAUUACAGAAUUAAUUAGAUUAGUUAAAGAGAGAAUCAGCCAAAGGGACAACCGGCCACCAAAGGCUGGAAAGAAACACAUGUAUAGGGUCCUGCAGUGCCAUGAAAAUGAGGUGGCACAGCUUGUCUCUACUAUGUCAGAUGGAUGGAAGUUUGAACAAUUGAUCAACAUUGGAUCUCAAUACAGCUAUGGAAGUGAAGAUCACACAGAAUUUUUGUGUGUAGUUUCAAGAGAAUAUUCAUCUUCAGGAUCCCAUCAGUGCGCCAACGAUCGAUCAGACCAUAUUGACAUCCACAACUCCAAGGAUUGUAGGAAACUAAACUUUAUGUAUAAUUUGUCUGGGUCACCAUAGAGGCCUCUGCAUUUCCAUUCUCCAUGCUGGCUGCCUAUGCUGUCAGGGCUGUGGCUUGAUGUGCUGGUGUUAUGCACAGUGGUAAAACAAUGCUGGUGAGCAUAAUCUUCUCCACACAAUUUUUUAUUUUUUGAUAAGUCCGUUAAAUUUUUGUUGGCAUAUACAGAAUAUAUAUAUAUAUAUAUAUAUAUAUAUAUAUAUAUAUAUAUAUAUAUAUAUAUAUAUAUAUAUAUAUAUGUAUAUAUGUGUGUGUGUUUGUGUGUAUAAUUCAAAUUACAUAUUUUAAUUUGCUUCAAAUAAAGAUUAUGCCUUUUACUAAUCACAAGUUUUAUACAUUCCUGUAUACUCAGAAUAUUUGGUAAAAAAAAUAGUCACCUUUAUUCAGAUUAUGCUCAACCACUAGUUCUGUGUAGUUACCUAAUGUUACCACUCUCACUGAGUCAACACAUCAUAUGUUGCUUCAGGAUUAUUCUAUGCCCAGUUCUCUGAUGUGCCUGAGACAGCUUGCCAUGUAUUGUCUCUCACAGAGUCAACACGCACAAAGUGUCGCUUUAGGAUUGCUAUAUGCCCAGUUCUCUGAUGUGCCCAAGACAGUGUGGCUUUUUGAGCCUGUUUCUAUGAGGUUUCAUCUGUCUUGGUAUCACACCAGGACAUACAGCAAAUGCUUCCAAAGUGGCGGUGGUUUUCGUACUCUUGCUUGCCUUACCUGUUAAUAUAGGAGGAAAAUGGUUUGACUACAUUUUGUACAUUAAAGAGACAGUUUAAAUACUUUAAUCGACAUCCUCCAGUUGUGAAACUAAUGUCUUGUUACAGUGUAAGUAAAUGGAACAUUGUUAAAUGAUUUUGACAAACAUUUAACAGUCAUAUGUGAGUGUUUUUCUAUGGUUGGGAUGUGUUUUUGAUAAAUUAUUUAAAUGUGUAGUUGAUACAAAAUCACUUUUCAGUACUCAUCUCAUGUCACAAUUCAGAGAUGUAUUAACUGAGACACAUUAGUCCCUAGUUAUAACAUGAAAUGCAUUAUUAAUCAGAAGAAAAUAUGCUGGCUGAAAAAAUAAUGACACCAACUAAUUCAAUAAUAAGAAUCUAAAAAGACUUGAAAAAAAAAUAAAUAAAAUAAUAAUUAUGAAUCCAGUUUUGAGGCAUUAUACUAAACACUGUUAUAAAUUCUAUUGCUGCACUUCUGGGAGGGAAGAUGUGUACCAGCUAUUCAAUCUAAAUUGAAAAUUUCUCUACAUUAUUUGUAAUUCAUUCAGGAAUGAACUUAUUUUCUUCUUUUGUUAGAAGUAAUCAGCAACUCAAUAUAAUUUAUAGAAAUUUUUUUUAAUUAUGAAAUUUCA